AUGGAGGCCGUGAAAGCCUUCAACAACGAGUUGUACUCGUUGAAUGAGUACAAGCCACCCAUCUCGAAGGCCAAGAUGACCCAAAUCACCAAGUCAGGCAUCAAAGCUAUUAAAUUCUACAAGCAUGUUGUCCAGAGUGUGGAAAAGUUCAUACAAAAGUGCAAAGCGGAAUACAAGGUGCCUGGGCUGUAUGUUAUCGACUCAAUUGUGAGGCAGUCACGUCACCAGUUUGGCACAGAGAAGGAUGUGUUUGCCCCACGCUUCAGCAAGAAUAUUAUCACUACAUUCCAGCACCUUUACCGUUGCCCCUCAGAUGACAAGAGUAAGAUAGUGCGGGUGCUGAAUUUGUGGCAAAAGAAUGCUGUUUUCAAGAGUGACAUCAUCCAGCCUUUGUUGGACAUGGCUGCAGGGAUUCCUCCUCCGAGCGUUACUCCUGUCAUGUCCAGCAGUGCUGGCCCCGUCAAUAACACAACACCUGGCACUCCAGCCACCCCAGCUACUCCGGCUAACAUCGUACAGGGACUGCCAGACUGGGCUUCCCAGAUCACCAACACAGACACUGUGGCAGCUGUGGCACAAAUCUUACAAAGUCCGCAGGGGCAACAGCUUCAACAGCUUGUCCAGAGCCUGCAAAUGCAGCAGCAAAAGCCUCAACCCUCACUACUCCAGGCCUUGGAUGCAGGUCUAGUUGUACAGCUGCAAGCUCUGACAGCUCAACUCACUGCAGCUGCAACUGCUAACACCCUCAACCCCCUUGAACAGAGGGUCUCCUCUUUUAACAAGAAACUUUUAGGGCAGUUUGACUUUAGGAAUGAGUCUGAGCGUAAUGAAGAAUCUAAGAAGGAAACGUCAUCCUCUCAACUGCCCAUGGUCUCCGAGCCUAUCAAUAGCUCAUUGUUCCACCAGCUUGCCGAGCAGCUGCAGCAGCAGAACCUGGAGCAGUUUCAGAAACAACUGCUAGAGCACCAGCAAAAGGCUCUGAGUAUAGAAGGACAAGACACUCUAUUUGCUCAAGAGAAAUCAGUUGCAACUACUCAGGGGACCAGUCAGCCACAGCUUCCUGAGCCCGAGAGCAAAAUAGACGACUCAAUAGACAACCAGCAACAGGACAUGGAUAUAGAUGAGGGGCCAGAUGGAAUGGAAGAAGAUGGCUUCGAGGCAGAGGAUAAAAAGACUGUUACCACUCGCUCCAGAACACGCUCAAGAUCACGUUCUCGGUCUCCCAAAAGGAGGAGGUCCAGGUCCCGCUCUGGCUCUCGCAAGCGCAGGCAUCGUAAGCGAUCGCGAUCACGCUCAAGAGAUCGCAAGAGGAAGACGUCACGAUCAUACUCGAGCGAAAGGCAAGCCCAAGAGCGUGAAAAGGAACGACAGAAGAAAGGGCUGCCCCCUAUACGAUCUAAGACUCUAAGUGUGUGCAGCACAACUCUUUGGGUUGGUCAGGUGGACAAAAAGGCUUCUCAACAAGACCUCACAAACCUGUUUGAAGAGUUUGGCCAAAUAGAGUCUAUUAAUAUGAUCGGUCCGAGAGGCUGUGCCUUCAUCUGUAUGGUUCACAGGCAGGAUGCGUACAGAGCACGCCAGAAGCUCAGCAAAGGUUCUUGCAAAAUUGGUUCCAAGGUCAUAAAGAUUGCUUGGGCCUUAAACAAAGGAGUAAGACAAGAGUACAAGCAGUUUUGGGACGUGGACCUUGGAGUCUCCUACAUACCAUGGGAGAAAGUUAAAUUGGAUGACUUGAAUAGCUUUGCUGAAGGAGGAAUCAUUGAUCAAGAGACCGUCAAUGAAGAGUGGGAGACAGCUAAAAAAUCUGAGUCAACCAAGGAUGUUUUAAGCCAACCACCAAGCACUGAGGCAACAACGGUGAACAGCCAGAGUGAAAGUUACAACCAGCAGGUCACCAUGAUGCCAGUGCAGUUACCUGUGCCCCAGGCUGUUCCUGGAGCCGUAGGCUUGUUGCCUCCCAACUUCCCUGUCAAUAUGAGCAUUCCUCCACCAGGUUAUGGGCCACCACCACCAUUUCUCAGACCCACCUUCAAUGCCUCACAACCACCUCCAGGUUUUCUGCAAGCAACACAGACUGCAGCUUUGGCCACUGCACCUCCUUCCCUAGUUCAACCCCCUGUGUCAACAAGCCAAGAAACGGUGAAGGAAGCACCAUUCAGUGCAAUGAUCCCAACAACCACUUCGAUGCCUGGUGGCUUCAUGUCCUCCACCAUCCCUGGAGCCAAUGUUUUUAAUGCGACUGGAGUUCAAAGUCAGCACUCGACUGACAAAAUGCCACCUUCUGCUAAGGGUUUGGAUGGGACACCUGAGCUCACGCUUCAGGGUAUGCAUAAUGCUGUUCGCAGUGGAAUGGGCCUCCUUGGAAUGCACCCCACAGCUGCCCUUGCCCAUCCACUUCACCAGCCUGGAAUGGCGGGCCAAAGAAUGCCUGGAAUGCUGCCACUUGACGUGCGUCCGAACGUCCUUCCACCUGUGGCUGGGGCUCGCUUCCCUCUUCUCCUGCAGCAGGGCCCUACCCAGCAGGCUGCUGGCCUUAUUGAUGGCUCUCUUCAGGCUCAAGCCCACGUCAGGCCCCCCUUCCCUCAACUAGACCCCUUUCAUAGGCCCCCUCACCAGGCCAAUGAUAACGUAUCCAAGAAAGAAGAGUCUUCUUCAGGGGCUGACGAGGGCAAAGACCAGGACUACCGCUUUCCCCCACCGGAGAAACAGAGUACAGGUCUCCUGAGAACACCUCCACCAGAGCAUCGGGCACUUGGUGGUGGUGGCACUGGAGGGGGCCGUGGAGGCGGCAGACCCCCAUUGCUGCAAACCCCAGGGACUCAGCCUGCCAGGGGCAGUCUCCUUGGACGUCUGCAGGCUCUUGCCGGCUUUACCCCUGACAAUCAGUGGAACCAGUCGAGGGGUGACUUCGAUGAACGAGAUGGCUUGGAUCGUCCCAACCCAGGGCACAGCUUCCCUAAUCGCUUCGAUAACCGUCCUGGAAACGCAGCUUCCCAAAAUGUCGGGGGGCCACAGCCGUGGAACCGUAGUGGCGGAGCAGCCAAGUUUGAUAGUGAUCUCGAUGAACGGAGAUCACAGUGGGACAGACAAAGAGACAGAGAUGAAAGAGAGUUUGACUUCCGGAGGGAAAUGAACGGAAAUCGUCCUACCCGUGAUAGGGACAGAGAGCGAGGACGAGACCGUGCCCGAGAGCAUGACAAAGACCGUGAUAAAGACCGAGAGCUGGAACGAGGCAAUUGGACGCCUGUGCUUCCUUUACCGACGCCUCUUCUUCCUACACCCCCUAUAAACCCCAAUCUAAAUCUGAACCAAGGAAAGCUCUUCUCUCCACUCAAAAUGAACACCCCCCUCCAGUCACGAUUCCGGUCUCCCCUGCUGUCUCAAACUCAGGCCAAAGUGCCCCUGUUAGGUCAGCAUCCGGCUCUGGUCCAGUCACCAGACACCAGAAAGGCCAGCCAAACAGCUUCGGUGGAACCAAAAAGAAACAUCGCCUCUUUGCCUGAGACCCCUUUGUCUCAGCCCCCACCUUUGGCCCAACCUGACAACAAGGUUCAGAGCCCACUGCCCAGCUCGCCCACUGAGGCCUGGUCAUUACCACAGCAAGAGACCUCACCGCUCCCGGAAUCAGUUGGCCAAGCGUCAGACGAGACGGCAAGGUCCUCAGACACUCCGAGCCAAUCCUCGCCCAUGGGCUUCACACAAGCUGUCAGCCCCCCUGAAGAGAUGAGACACUCUCAGGAGAAGAAACUAAGCCCGCAGAGUGAUACUGAGAUGUUCUUACAAGAGAAAGUCACCUCCCCUAAAGACCAGUGGCUCAAUGGAGCCGAGAUGGACAAAAGCACUGAGGUCGAACCCACCCCGGACGCUUCUCCGGAGCCCGUCGAGUUGGUGCUGCCUGAAAGCAAAGUCGUGCAGGAGCAGGCUGCGCCACCUCAGGAUGUAGACUUUGUACAGAGUGAGGCCGUGGAGGAAGCUGCGAGUGAGCCAGUGCUAGACACUGACACAGACACUGAGGGGACAUAAUCAUCACUCAGUAGGUAACAGAUCAUUUUGUACAGUUGUCUCUUCUUCUCUGUACUCAUGUCAGCAAAGC